GAUUCUUCUUUUUCCCGAGUGAGAGAGAGGUUAGCAGCUUCAUUCAUGGUGAUGAUGGCUUCAAUCUCAUGUACUAUCCACCACCUGCCCUUCACCUCGAGACCUCCUCCUCCUAUUCCUUCUCCGUCUUCCUGUCUGAUCUUGAAUUCACAGUUUCUGGGUACCAGAAGUAAGCUGAGUUGGGUGAGACCCGUUAGGAUUGGACCAUGCAACGGGUCGAGAGCCAGGUGUUGGUUCAAGUUCGGGAAGAGCGGGGUCGAUGCUGAAGGUGCCGGCAUCUAUGGCAGCCAAUCCCGUGAUGAUUUUGACAGAGAUGAUGUUGAGCAGUACUUCAACUAUAUGGGGAUGCUUGCCGUCGAGGGUACAUACGACAAGAUGGAGGCUCUUUUGAACCAAAACAUCCACCCUGUAGAUAUCCUACUGCUGUUGGCCGCAUCGGAAGGUGACAAGCCAAAGAUCGAGGAGCUAUUGAGGGCUGGGGCUGAUUACAAUGUCAAGGACGCAGAUGGUCGGACCGCACUCGACAGGGCCGACGAAGAAACCAAGGACUUCAUCCUCGGGUUUUCAGUUCAGAAGUCAUGAUCAGACUUAUUUCAGUGUGAUUUUUGCAUGAUUUGUCGUAUCCAUUUUGUGCAUCAUAUUUUUUUAGGCCAUGUUUUUGGCGCAGAUCCUAUCUUCUGGUUACCGUAGUAACUAGCAUUGUAUUGAUCACUAGAUCAUUAGUUUUGUGACUCGUUAUUCCCAUAGUAGAAGAUUAUGGAAGUGGUCACUCUGAACAUGACUAAGUUAUAAAAGAGUUUAACAAAGCUUGCCUUGCGUUUCAAGAAA